CGUUUUUUUUAAGCCAACCAACAGCAGCAAGCGCCACACAGCAGUGAGUACAGUUUGUUAUGACCAGGUUAUGACAGGGAGUAAAGUGAUUCAAAUAGUGAUUGAACACUGAAAACUAUGCCCGUGUUGUACUUGGACGAGUGAUUAAGCGUCUUGCUUCAAAGUAACGGUUCACGGCGAGUAAAGCUGCAACGGUGACCGUCCUGAACUGGUUUUGGCUACAGUUGCCUAGUUCGUUACUGUUGCGCGUGUUCACUGAUCCGACCAUGGUGGAGGUAUUUGUUGGGAAAACUCUCCUCAAUAAAGAAGGGGAUCUUAUAGACCCAGAAGAAGCUCUCAGGAAUAAAGUAGUGGGAAUAUACUUUUCUGCCGGCUGGUGCCCGCCUUGUCGAGAUUUCACCCCUAUUCUAUGCGAUUUUUACACGGAACUUGUCGAGGAGAGCGAACCACCUGCACAGCUAGAAAUCGUUUUCAUAUCUUCUGACAAGUCGAGUGAUGAUAUGGUGGAGUAUUAUCAUGACAUGCACGGAGAUUGGCUGGCCCUGCCUUGGACGGAUCAAUACAAACAUGAUUUAAAGAAGAGAUUCAAUAUCACAGCGGUCCCUAAGCUGGUGAUUGUGAAGGAGAAUGGAGACGUGAUCACAGACAAGGGAAGGAAACAGAUCCGGGACCAGGGACUAGCCUGCUUCAGGAGCUGGUUGGAGGUGGCCGAAGUGUUCCAGAACUUUAAAGCUUUAUAGACAUUCUAGAGUACAUAGUUAUACAUUAUAGAGCACCUUCCUUCUUCUGACUUAUAAAAACAAUUAUUUUUGAACAAUAGUGGCAAUACUAAACUUCUGCACUACAACAAAAUAGGGCUUUUUUUCUUUCUUAAAUAGGCUAAUAACAGCUACAAUAGAAACAAUGAACAGAUAUGAGUGGCUUAUAUUUUCAGAAUACAUAUUUUGAGGUGUUCGGCUAUUUUUAUAUUUUGUUUUAUAUGACUUAAAAUGCACAAUAAUUAAAUCCUUUGCUGUCUGUUUACAGUGUA